CACACCGAGCCUUGGUGCUGCAAAUCUGAUCAGGUACUCAGGGUAUGCUUCGUUCUGCGUGUAUAACCACGUUUCACAGAUAUAAAUUCCAGCAAGGAAUCUAGACAACGCCUCCUCAUGAUCAGCUGUUUAUCCUGUUGUAACUCCUUUGUUGAUGGAAUUUUCGUAUCAAAUAUCCCACUGUGAUAGGAUAGAAUGGGAAGGGUCACGUACAUGAUCACAUGUAUCACAGAUGUAGAAGCAAACGACAUCACUGAUGGGAAGAUUUAGAGUGCUGCUGUCCCUCUCAUGCAGGAAUUAUGCAGUCAACAUCACCCCAUAAGAAGACUGAGAGUGUGGUACAGUUUCAAGCCUUUGACGGAAGGGAUAUCUUUUUUCUCUUUCUCUCUCCUUGGAUUUCGGUUUUGAGUUUAAUAUAAAAUGUUCACAAUCUUCUAUCUUGUCCCUUUAUACUCGCAGCUUAUUUCGGGAAGAUUUACUUUGCUUCAUAGACUGAUAAUUUCUGGUGGAGAAGCAUUGUUCUUAAUUCGUCUGUUACUUACUACUCAUACUAUUGAAAUCAGUAUUUCAAAAUGACCAAUAUGAAUAACUCGGACAUUGAAGUCAAGAUUGAAGAACGAAGUACGAACCUUCCAUGGUAUCAACUCACUAUUCCGUCUGCCAAACUCGAUGGAGCAAUUCGCGAGUUGCUCGAAGACUACGCGGGAUUUCCACCUUCCGAAGUCGAGCCUCAUGUUUACAAAAUUCGUAAUCGUGCUUGGAGUAUCUUCCCUUAUCCUUGCAUAGGGGCUUUCCAAUUCCUCGACAUCGUUAUCACAUCCUUCCCAUACUAUCCUACACUCCUCACGCGAUUAGCUUCUCCAGGUACCAAGUUCCUCGAUCUUGGUUGUUGCUUUGGACAAGUCAUUCGACGACUUGUCUACGAUGGUGCUCUGCCAGAAAAUCUUUAUGGUUGCGACUUGCGAGCCGAGUUCUUUGAACUCGGCUAUGAUCUCUUUAAGGAUAAAGACAAUUUGAAGAGUACGCUCUUCAAAGCAGAUAUAUUUGAUGAGGACAAUGUGGAUAUGAAAAGGCUUGAGGGAGAUAUUGAUGUAAUCUAUGCCGGAAGUUUUCUCCAUAUGUAUGGAUGGGAUGAUCAGGUUAAGAUAUGCAAGAUAUUGGCAAGGGCUAUGAAGAAAGAGGGAAGUGUGCUUAUGGGUAGGCAGGGUGGAGGCAAAGUUGCAAAAGAGGUAACAUUUCCCCUUCACGAAGAGAGCAAGAUGUUUGUGCAUAACGCGGAGAGCUUUCGAAAGAUGUGGGACGAGGCAAGCGAGGCGAGUGGCACAAAAUGGAAAGUCGAAUGUGAGGAGGUCCAACUACGCAGUGACGAUUGGAAAGGAGCGGAAGGGAUGGUUUGGGUUCAAUUUGUUAUCUUCAGAGAAUAGAAUAUACGAGUUACAUCCAACCAAUCAAUUUGGUGGGUGAAGAUUACAGACUUUUACAUUAGCAAAAGAGUAAUAGAGAUUACAUUUUUUGCAACAAAGUCAUCUACAUAAUAAGGCUGUGUUAUGACAUCCCCAAUUUCCUCAUCUAAGCUACCGAGUGAAAAGAAUGAUUUGAGUAACUUUCUAGCGAAAGGAAUUGGCUCAGAUGUCCCAUAGCCUGGAGUUCCACAAAUUAUCUCAAGACGACAGAGUAACCGUUGGUUAUACAAUUGAAUUUACUCGUGAAGCUGGAGGAUCAUACCGGCGAAGCAAUUCACCAAAACUCAGGUAUCAACAUGUACAAGCCUCAUUUGCAAUACUUGAUCAUGUUUCUUAUUCCUUUCGCUGAUAUUAAUUCAUUGGCCACAUUUACCUUAUUACGCGCUUUGGUUUUCUUUACCUAGGUAUUUCAGCCUAUAAUCAAUUAUGUGUAUGGUCAG